AUGACCGACACGGUUCUGGGAGGCUCGUGUCAGUGCGUGGCCUCCGAGAAUCUACGCAACGCGAACCCUGCUUUCUGCGCCAAUGUCUGUUUGAAGCUCAACAUGCUAAUGGAUGGCGUGAACGCCGUGCUGCGCGACCAGCUUCCUCUACUGAGCGUGCCACCGACGAUUAUCAUUGGAGCGGACCUGGACCACCCAUGGGCUCCCAGCCGUCGAUCGCAGCAGGCGUCGGGGGACAUCCAGAAGCUGCCCAAUAUGCUGCGCGAGUUAUUCCACGUGUACUACGAUCGCACUAAGCGCGAACCUGAUCACGCUGAGGAUCGCGCUCUCCGCAAGGCGUUUAAGAUGAUCGCUAACUUCUACAGCCCGUUGAUCACGGACAACGUGGGGCCAGGAACGGUGGUCGAAUCUGGCGUGCUGGACCCGCAUCGAUUCGACUUUUUUUCUGUACGGCCACAGCAGCCUCCUGGGGACAAGCAGACGUAUGACUGGAAUAACCUCAUGGCAGAGCCCUUGCGCAUUGGCAUCUGA